CACGUAUUUGGAGUCCAAGCACGAGCUGGAGCCGCCUCUGUGGGCGAGCAAGAUCCGUUUUCUACCCUACAGCUAUCACAGGCGGACGGUUUGCAUGCGGGUCGAGCUCUACGGGUGUUACUGGAGCGACGGUGUGGUGUCUUAUUCGAUGCCCCAAGGCGAUAAAAGAAGCAAUGGAUGGGAAUUCUUCGACAUGACCUACGACGGACACUGGGACGGCGAGUUGCGCCGUGGUCUGGGUCAACUGACGGAUGGGAGAACAGGGCCUGAUAAUUUCAAAAUGUACUACGAUAAUGAUCGUGCCCAGGGUUGGGUGGGUUGGAGGAACGAUAGCCGCGGCCAACCGGUCGAGAUCAAGUUCGAGUUCGACAAAGUCAGGGAAUUCUCUGCCGUCCAUAUUUACUGCAAUAACGAAUUCACUCGAGGCGUCCAGGUGUUUUCACAAAUUGACAUACUCUUCAGUAUUGGCGGAAAAUACUACACGGGAGAACCCAUUACCUACACGUACAUGGAGGACAAGAUCUUCGAGACUUCUCGGAACGUCACGAUCAAGCUUCAUCAUCGAGUUGGAAAAUUCGUUAAGUUGAGACUCCAUUUCUCGGAUCGAUGGAUCAUGGUCAGCGAAGUAACCUUCGAUUCUGACAUAGCGCACGGCAACUUCACGCUCGAGGAAGCCCCGACCACCGAAUCACCUAUCCAGAGUGAUGUCUUCGUCGAGAAGAACGGCGCUGCCGAAGGCGAACUACCGGUUUCGACUGCGAAACACGACGAUCCCACGUACAUGGCGAUUGUGAUUGGCGUGCUGACAGCCGUAAUACUUUCACUCGCCGUGGCGAUAUUUCUAAUUGUUUCGCGACACAGGCAACGCAAGUGCUUUGCUAGCCCUAUGACUGGUAAAGCUCCUUCGCAUUUAGGAUCCACCUGCGCCACAGUCGAGAAAGGCGCAGCUCUAAUGGCGUACACCUUAGAGGAUGAUGAAAGAUACGCAGGUGGUUCUUUACCAACAUUGCCCCUCGGUAAUCGUCUUCUAGACAUCGUGAAGUUGGACGACUACCAAGAGCCAUAUCAGGCGCUAAAGUAUGCACCAUACUACAGCUACAGCACUGUCGUUAUGGAGAUGAAAGACAUGAUGUUAAACAACAAGGGCACCAAUAUCAAUCACUCAGUUGACACGUCGUACGAUUAUGCGGUACCGGAACUAGGCACGGUGCCUCUGCUCAAUCAGGAUGCUGGCACCGGCCGCGCAGCGACAGUCUCCAAUGCCACUGGCGACCAGGACAACUUCUUCUCCAAGAGCUCACGGAAGACCGAGGACAAGAAGUCGCCGACUCAACAGGAGGUACUCUCGGCUCUGAAGAGACGUUUGGAGCAGACUAGCGUACCGCUCUUCCCACGGCAUCGCCUUCGCAUGCUCUCCAAACUUGCCGAAGGCGCCUUUGGAACGGUAUACGUGGCGGAAGCUGAAGGGAUUCCGGAAUACGGGACGACGACUACCCUUGGCAAACGACUCGUGGCCGUCAAGUUUUUACUACCAAAAGCCAGUGAGAAGGAAAAAUUGGACUUCCAAAGAGAUGUGAGGAUUUUGGCUGCUCUAGAAGAUUGUAAUAUCGCACGAGUCCUAGGCGCUUGUUACCGCGAAGAACCGUAUUGCGUGGUGAUGGAAUAUCUGGAACAUGGGGAUCUCUGUCAGUUCCUCAAGACGCAUAUCACUGCCGAAGACGCGCAUUCCAUGCCGAUUGGCGUCAAGACACUCAGCAGACUCACACCACUUCGUCGUCGUUUCAGUUUCAACUGUCUCAUCUACAUGGCGGCACAGAUCGCAUCGGGCAUGCGGUAUCUAGAGAACCUGAACUUCGUUCAUCGAGAUUUGGCUACUAGAAACUGUUUGGUCGGUAAGGCUUAUCAUAUCAAAAUCUCGGAUUUUGGCACGGACAAUGAAUUGUACGCCUGCGAUUACUACAAAGUCGAUGGAACUAUGCCGUUGCCGGUACGAUGGAUGGCAUGGGAGUCAAUAUUUUUGGGAAAGUACACAACCAAGAGCGACGUAUGGGCUUUCGCAGUCACCCUCUGGGAGAUUUUGAAUCUCGGCAGACGUGUCCCCUACGAGCAUCUGUCCGACGAGGAAGUAGUGCAGAGCCUGCAGCAACUGCAUCAUGCCCUUGAUUGUAGUAACGCCAAUCCCGAAGACAGUUGCAAAGAAGAUCCUAGAAACAGCUUCGAUUAUCUGCCUCGGCCCACCGCCUCCUCCAAAGAUAUCUACGAUCUGAUGCUUGAGUGCUGGCAACGAGAAGAGAGUGAAAGACCGACUUUCCGUGAGAUAUCGCUUUUUCUGCAGCGGAAAAAUCUUGGAUAUGCUCCAACAUCCUGAUACUGAGCCCCAAAUUUUAGCAAGCGCGACAUUCUUAAUAAUCAUACCGUUAAUCGGACUCGUUUCAGAGUCGUUUCUGAAACGGCCGAAUGACGAGUGUGUAAUAACGGACAUCUCCGUUCUUAUCCGAGGUACUGCAAGAAAUAACGAGCGAAUAACGAUCGAGUGAGAAGGACUGAUACGAGAGGACGAUUACGUAU